UUUCUUCUGAUGCAGAUUAAUUAGUUGUUGACGAUGAACACGCUGGAGGACGUCCCCUUUCAGACGACGCUGGGUCCACUGGAGGAGUGGGUGCAGAUGGUGACGGCUCCGGAUGUCACCGCACCAGACUGCCACCGGACACUGCGAGAAACUGAGUAUCGGUUCGACCUGGAGAAAUGGAUUUUAACUGGGCAGCGGCCAGUUUGCCAGGCCCCAUCCUGCCCCCCUUACUGGCUGAUGUUUAGCAGCCCUCAGGAGAGUCGUGGGGCCAGUCGCAGGAGCAGCGAACCGUGGUCCCCGUGCCUGCGGCCCCGUAGUCACAGUCUGAACUCUGCAGACGCCCGCCGGUUGCACCAUCGCACCGUCAAGUUCCUUGUUUCGGACUCCGAGGACGAAGACGGUUACCACGAAGACAACGAGGGCUCCUCCACCGACGAUGCAGCUCACACUAUGAGGAGCAGGGUGCGACCCUGGAGCGCUGCGCCCAAGGACCCCAUCCUCAGAGUCAAAGACAUGCACCCCGGUCCUUCCACUCGCCACUGUAAGACCGCCUCGCCUCAGAGCCUCCGUGGCCAGAGAGGCACUUCACCUUCACUCCCGGACAAACAACCUCCGCGAGCACCGGAGAAGCAAAGGUCACAGCAGGCCCGGACCUCACUCCACGGACAGAAGAACGGCAGGAAGAAGCAGCGUUCACUGGGCUCUGUGGGCAGAAACUAUUCCCAAAACACACCAGCUGCUGGUCCUACAUCCAGACUGCUGCAGCAGCAGCAGCAGCAGCAGCGACCCUCCUCUGCUGGGCCUGUUGUCAAAGUCCAAAGACAAAAGGCCCUGAGGACCGGUGGCUCUCAUGGGAUUUUCUUUGACUCGGCUGCAGAUUUGUUGUCAGCACUCAGCCAGGAAGAGAGGGAGCUUCUUGGAACCAUCACAGAGAAUGGUUACCCAUUACGCACGGCCAUCCUGGCUCUGCAGAAGACGGGCUACCGCAGCCCAGAGAAGAUCUUAAAAUACCUGGUUGCCAGUGACCGUCUGUGCGAACUGGGCUACGAUGAAGCGCAGGUAGAGGAGGCCUUGGAGAUGUUUCAGAACUGUGAGAGCAAGGCUGCCGAGUUCCUGCGGCUCCUGACGCAGUUUAAUGAGAUGGGCUUCCAACAAAGUGCGAUCAAAGAAGUGCUGCUUGUUCAUGAAAAUCACCGCGAGAGGGCUCUUGAAGAACUAAUGACACGCAUGGCUUAAAAAAAGAUAAUCUUCUUUCUAAAGGUUCAUUUUUACGUCUACAGUAUGUGGAACAGACACUAGCUUCAAUUGGUCUCAGAGUUAAAAGGAUUCCUUAACCAUAGAGGCUAGGAUGAAACUUUUGGAGGUAUGAUUAAAAAUUAGACAAGAAAAGAAACAGUUACACCUGAUGAGGAUGAACGCUUU